GCGUCACAUGCAGAAGACUACGCAGGAAGAUGGAGACUCAAAAGAUGGCUGACUUACCUGCGGACCGCCUCAGCGCAGAUCCUCCCUUCUCAUUCGUGGGUGUGGACGUCUUCGGACCAUGGAUGGUCACGGCACGGCGGACCAGAGGAGGACUUGCUAGCAGCAAAAGAUGGGCUGUGCUUUUUACAUGUAUGAGCACCAGGGCCAUACAUAUAGAAGUACUGGAGUCAAUGGACUCUUCAAGCUUCAUCAACGCUCUACGGCGGUUCUUCUCAGUCAGGGGGCCAGCGAAACAGAUCAGAAGCGAUUGUGGCACCAACUUCGUUGGGGCCUGUAAGGAGUUGCAGAUGGACUCUGUGACUAGUGACAAGGAGGUGCAAGGAUAUCUCAGUGACAAUGGGUGUAAGUGGAUCUUCAACCCACCACACUCUUCCCACAUGGGGGGCAGUUGGGAGCGGCUAAUUGGACUGGCAAGGCGUAUCCUGGACUCGAUGCUGUUGAAGGCCGGCCCAGCAAAGCUCACGCAUGAGGUCCUGACAACAUUCAUGGCAGAGGUCUCAGCGAUCCUGAACGCCCGUCCACUGGUUCCUGUGUCCACAGACCCUGACUCCCCAUUCAUCCUGACACCAGCGACACUUCUCACACAGAAGGUCAGUGCCCUUCCUCCUCCCAAGGGUGAGUUUGACGAGAAGGACCUCUACGGCAAGCAGUGGAGGCAGGUCCAAAGCCUCGCCAACACCUUUUGGCAUCGAUGGAGGACAGAGUACCUCCCCACCCUGCAGAAACGCAGGAAGUGGGAAAAAGAGAAACGCAAUCUGAAAGAAGGUGACGUCAUCCUCCUGAAAAACGACCAGUUGCAGAGAAACGACUGGCCCAUGGGCGUCAUCGUCAAGACCUUCCCCGGCACCGACGGGAGGGUAAGAAAGGUGGAGAUCAAGACUGCGAGGGAUGGGUCAAGCAAGACCUUUCUGCGACCUGUCUCAGAGGUCGUCCUACUCCUCUCCCCAGAGACUGAUUAGAGUUACCGUUCUUAGCUCCCCUUGUUAAAGGUGGCAUCUUUUUAGAUACCAGGCGGGGAGUGUGCUGGACUGGGUUUAUUUUACAAGUAAUUAAUGUGCAUUUCCUACUCCUGCCACUAGGUGGUGUCUUUGCUUUGGGGUUGGGUUUAACAUUUGGGCAGUCAUAUUGAAAUUCAUGAUAGUCAUGUGACACUUACAGGAAGUCACCUGGAAUGCUUUGUUUAUCAGACCAGUUUUGGCAUGGUAGUGUGAGCAGCAGCUACAUCUUAUUCCAUCCUCUUUUGAAUUCACUUUAUAGGAGCAUCGUCUUUUUACACCUUUUACAUGCUGUCAGUUUGAAUAAAUCUACCAAAUCUGACCGGUGUGUGAUGGGAGUCAUCUGUCUGUCUAAUUGAAGAAGGGGAACUCUUUAGUGAGGGCAGAACAG